UAGCGACCAAUCUUUUCCUUGGCCAUAUAGCCCUCGGCCUAGUCAGUCAGUUUUAAUUUGGGCAUGUGGUGGUUUUUUCGGGCAUUGAUUUGAAACCUUCAUUUCUCGCAAGUUUUCCAAAAAUCUUAUAAUUCAAAGCAAUAUUGUUUACGACCAGUGCUCAAUCAACCAGGGGCGAUUGUUACAAAAAGGGAGGUUUGAAUUUCCUGUUAAAAUUGGUAACAAAAAUAAACUGAUUUUAAACAUACGUAUUCGAAAAAAAACUGUCAUGAAAGUAAAGUGUACGAUUUUGCGGGACGGGUAAUACAAAAGACGUUUUAAACAGUUACAAUUACACUCAGGUGGUACUUCAGAAGGUUGCUUGCUUGCAAACUUUAAACAUUGGAAGUUACCGUCAGAAAAAAAAAUGGAUCCAGAGGGCAACGACUCCAUGACAAAUUCAUAGAAGAAAAGGUAUCCGACGGAAGAUCCAUUUUACACUCCGUAUCAUGUCACGAAACAUUGUAUCAACCAAGAAUAACUGCCCCUAACCUGUCUUAUGCCAAUAUCGUCAUCUAUACCUACAGGGACAAAAAUAAAAGAAAGUAAACGUGUGUGAAAAUGAAAACGAGAGCUGAAUGUAAGCGGUAGCACAGAAGUUUAAUCUAUAAAACGUAGGGAGAAGAGGCGAGGGAAUGACAAUAUAACGAUUUUACAAAGACAUUAUUCGGCCAAAGAAAAUGAUAUCAAAGACCAAAAAGAAAAGAAAGGGUUUGGCAAACAUUCAAAAUUAAAUGCAUUUCACCAAUGAAAAAGUGAAAGCUUAAAGUAAAACGAAAUUUUUAAAAGAAUUUUUUGGCAUCCCGUAUCAUAGACAAUACGUUAUUUUAUUUCAAUUUGACAUUGUGCGGAUUCUAACUUGCACCACUACCCCUUGCGAUGCUUACUUUGGCUGUAGAACCCUCGUCGAGUGCUUAACGUUCAAUCAUAACGCCUCCAUAAACACACAUUGUCGGAAAACUAGCUGUGCUUCUCUUACGCUUUUUGUAAUCGGGCCCCAGCCAAAACCCGCCCCUAACAUUUACUUUUUCUUUUAGAAUAAAGUUACAGAGAAAUUUAAGCGGCCGUUUAAAAAGCGACAUUCGAGCGUUUAUCACCAGCCCUCGAACAGAGUCAAUAAAUAUCUGGCGCAGGCGAUCGAGGCGCGAAGUGUGGACCGUGAGAAAUCCACGCACGUUAAUUUAAUUUCGCUGUGCUUUAAGGACAGACAGAAGGAGCAUCACUAUCACGGCGAAUUGGAUGUCGGAUUCGGCUCAUCUCUUGUGUGCGCUUUAGUUCUGUUGGUGCUACUGGGAGGUCUCCAGGCCGUAAUCCUUCCGAGGACUAUUAUUUUGCUAUUACUUUUUCUAACUGCUUUCGUGUGGAUAUCCGUGGUGCUUAUGCUGCUGUUGGCCGUUCGACUGAGGUGGAUUUUAUGGGACAUUUCGCAUAGUUUUGCGCUGCGUCUCGCCAUCACUGUGUUUACGAUUGUGCUGGUUUAUACAGUUGCGCAAGUCAAUGUGUUUACAUGCUCCAUCUACUCGUCCGAGAACGGGACUGUAAAUGGAAACAUUUUCGAAAGGGAUCACAGGGCCUGCCCCCUGCCUCAGUACAUCGUGCUAUCCUGCGCUCUUGGAUAUUUAGCGGUCGCUCUAUUCCUGCGACUCCCCAUCUUGUUGAAGAUUGCCUUACUAAUAAUUAUGUCGACGGUAUACGUUUUGUUAAUAGAGUUGUCGCAUAUUAAGCUAUUUUUGACUUACGACGAAGUUGUUAACUCAGGAAUUCCUGGCAUACCCGCCCACGUCGUAAGCGUCGUUGAAGUUCUAAUCUUCGUAAUAGCGGUGUUAUUGCACGGCCGUCAAGUGGAAUGGACUGUUCGUCUCGACUUUCUCUGGCAAGUACAGGCGAACGAGGAAAAAAGGGAAAUGGACGCUUUGCAACAUUCUAAUAAAAGAAUAUUGUUUAACUUGUUGCCUUCACACGUCGCGACGCACUUCCUCGAUAAUCAAUUUAGAAACAACAUGGUACGUAUUGCAUACUUUUGUUUAUUGUUGCACUUCUGCACACUGUUUAAGUUUUAAACGUGUACGUGAGAGGCAUGGCACUAUUGCCAUUAAUUGUGAUGAACUUGCCUCCUGUCUAUGUAAAAAUGUAUCGACUUCAAAUUGAAAUGUCUGUGUGGGGAAGGUUCAAACACAAUUAUUUAUGUUUAUUGUUGCUUUUUUUUGUCAGCGCCACAUAUUUUCUAGAAUGACGAAUGGCGAUUUUUAAGGGUGCGAUAAAACCUAUCCUCCGCGUUUUUCCUUGAAAAAUGCUAUUAGCUUUGAUUAUAUAAUACAUAGAUUUACGGUUCUUAUAGACAUAUUAUGAGAACAGUAUAUUUUAGUUCGUGGACAUGGACACUAGGCGGCCAUAACCAUUAACUCGUAUAUCCGAUCCAGUGCGUAUAGAAAUCUACUCCCUAGAAUCUAGGGAGACCUUCUGCAGAGGCACCUCUGAAAAAAGCAUUAUGCGGGUCACUCUGUAAUUGGACCAAGCCUGUUGAGGGCCCAGAACAAGAAAGGGAUAAUAAAUAAUAAUUAAUAAAUAAACUAUAAAAGCUCAUAUUAUUGUUGAACCCCAAGGCGAAGUUCAGGUUGGUUACAAGUAACCGCCACCUGCUCUUCCACUUAACCUUUUAUUUCCCGAAAUACAACAAUGAUGAAUGAUCUCGUUAAUUUGCAUUUGUCUGACUUACUACUAAACCCAACUAUCGUACCAAAUGUCUGAAUAGAAGUCUAUGUGUGCUACAUUUUAGAACAGACGGAAGAGAAGAUCGUUAUAACUUAUAAGCAAAGCAAAUGGUAGUGAGAAUCUGCAGGGUUUUGUUUUUUCAGGGAUCAUGUUCGAUUUUCUACCCCAGAACUUUUUUUCGGUGAACCACUGGUAGAUUGUAAAAUAUUGUUUGGAAACUAUGUGGUCUCUUGUAAUAUGUUCGUAUUUGCGACCGUUAUAAAUCAAUUUUCGGUAGUUAAAAUGAAACAUUUUUAAAAUGGAUAAAUAGUUUUUGGGUAAAUUAUGAGCUGAACAAGCUCAUUCGUAUACUAAUUUUAAGAUGAGAUAUGCCUGAAAAAUUCUUACACCAACAAUAUGAACGCAGCUUACACAAAAUUACUAAAUUUAAAGGUGUGUAAGUAAAGUGAGAAAUACAAUUUAGCAUGAAACUUAAUAGUGGACAUUUCUCAUUUUUACGUACACAGCUAUAAUAGGAAAAUUCAAAAUUAUGAAAACUUUAAUAACAAAAUAACUAAAUACUUUAGGAAAGAAAUUGAAAAAUGCCACAGGAGAGCACCGUUCAAAAUCAUUUCUUAUUCAAAAAAUUAGUCUGGCCAUUCAGCUAG